AUGGGCACAGAGGUGCCAAAAACUCAAGAUUCAAGUGGUGGUACUGAUUCAAAUACUGAUUCUGAGAACAGUAGCAGCACCGAUUCUUCAGGAAGUGAUUGGGAAUGUGCUGGUGCAAAACAGAGCUCUGUUAGGAAACCACAUUUCUCUGUCACAUCUUGUGAUACUGGAUUAAAACUAAAAAUAGCUGCUAUUCCACCUCGUAAAGUGUCUACCAAAAAGACAGUAAGAUCUAUAGUAAAGACAAAACCUGAGGAGGAAGAGUCAGCAAAAAACUCAAACACGAAGGAAAAAGUGGGUGUCAAAAAGAAAAAAUCACAGUUAUCAGACACAAGUACGAGUUCAGAAUCAUGUAGCAAAUGUUCUAGUGAUUCUUCAAGCGAUGAUGACUUACCACUUAAGGCAGUUAAAAAGGCACUGCCAGCAAAAUGCUCACCGCAAAAGAUUGCAUCUAAGAAUGUUAGGAACACAGCAAUAGUUAAAAGUGAAAGUGAUGAACAUAGACAUUCAAGUGAUGACAUUAAAGACAGUGCAUCUAAAAAAGAUGUUAAGGACAAGCCUGGUGCUUAUAAGACUAAUAGUAAUGUGAAAAAAACUAAAAGUGAAGAAUCUAGUCCAGAUUCACCUGUGAAAAGAGGACAGGGCAGACAGCGAACAAAGUUCGCAUCGCCCACGGCGGAGAGUGCAGCGUGCAGCAGCACAUCAUCAUCCACUUCGUCGUCUUCAUCUUCGUCCUCAUCGUCAUCAUCUUCGUCAGACUCGGACACAGCGGAGGCCGUCGGCUCUGCUCACGUAUCCGCUGACGACUCUAGCGCCGCCCUCGCAGCUGCGUGUCAGUUGCAGGUCAUCGACGAUGCGGACCUUGCGGAACUAUUUCCGGAACAAACACCGAGCGCGUCGGCGCAACAGCCCAAUUUCUCCAGUUUCCCUGUGCACAAUACAUCGCCCGACAAUGACGACAAAUCUAUAGCUGAUAAUGCAGACGGGUCGAGUAGUGAAAUGGAACUUACACCACAGUUAGUAACAGCCGCAAUUCAAAGAGCAACGGCUGACUCCUCAGGGUCAGAAAACGAGUGUUCCAAUUCAGAUGUAGUGAAUCAAAACACAACACACUAUGCUUCCAGUUUAUUGCAACAGUUUGUAGCGCAAACGCAACUCUUAAGUAGUACAACUCCAUUGAACUCAAUUACUGCUUCCGCAUCAUCAUUAACAAGUGGGCUUGCCACAAAUCCUAAUGACAGCGUCAGUACGAUCAGUGAUUGUGUUCUGGGACAGAUUAACAAUCUUUCCGAAAUACCACCCAUGGGAUCAAAUUUUUUAAGCACUUCCUCACAACAUUUAAGCCCUCAACAAACAGAAGAAUUAACACAGAUCAACAAAGAUCUUGAAGAAAUAACCUCCGUAACAGAAUCUGUAGGAUUGUCAAUACAGAAUCCUCCAAGUCUCGAAGAUUGUGUUGAUAACAAUGAUUUUAUGAAUUUGGAUAUAACACCAGGGGGGUCGGAAUUAGGUAGUGCAAGUGAUUUAUUAAAAAGCUCGCCUAUAACCGUUAUUGGUUCCGACAUGAACUCAUUAAACCAAAUCGAUAAUCAAAAGUUAGACACAAUCAGUACGAAUUCCGUUGAAUCUCAAGAGGAUGUAAAAAAUAUCAUUGUAGAAUCCAGAAGAAAAAGAGGGCGACCUCGUAAAGUAAGGAAAGUCGGUGAGUUUGAAAGCAAAACAAUUGAAUCUCAUAAAGAAGAAAAGUCUGCUGUGAAUGUUCUAAAUGACUUUCACAAUAACAAUGAUCCGCCGAACGUUUCACCAGAUUCGGGCAUUCUGUCAAAUCACAAUUCACCUACUCAUUCGCCAUUGCGGCGACAUGACUCAGACGAAAGCCAAAACAGACUAAGCAGAAAGUCGAUUCAAAAAGAAAAUAAUACGAUAGAAAGGACAAAUAUGCGAUCAAAAUCAAAAACCAGAGGCAGGGGUCAUAAUUUGUCGGAUUCAAGUGAUUGCGAUUUUCAUAAGAAACGAAUAGAAAAUGAGAUUAAACAAAUAAAAACGGAAGCUCCGUCGCCGAUACCUUUAAAACAAGAACCAAACAAAUUUGAGAAAAACAAAAAAUCCGAUCAUAAAUUAGAUAUUGCUGCUUUAGAUAGAAUGUUGUACGCUACAGAUAGAGUUCUUUAUCCACCAAGGAAAAAAGCAGGCCGAAAGCCACAAAAUAAAGUUAAAGUAACAAAAAAUUCUCCUAAAACAUUAAAAGACAAAAACCAAUACGACUCGGGUGACAGCGACGAAGAUUCCAUUCCCUCUAAUAGGUCUGUGUUGUCAGGCGUAUAUGCAAAGAGAAAAGAACUUAAUAGCAAACUUUCUAACUUACCGAAAAAAUCCAGUAAAACUUCUACAAAUACGUGGAGAGAUAAUCAAAGUGAAAAUGAAGCAGCAGCAGAUGAUCCAUUAGAUCCUACGUGGAAGCAAAUAGAUCUGAAUCCAAAAUACAAAGAUAUUCUUUCGGGUUACAAAAGUGAUCACGAAUUUAAACCUUACAAAAGUUGUAGUAGACUUAUUGAGUCGGGCUAUAAAAGCGACUACGGCUGUAGAUCAGGAUAUAAAAGUGAUUGUUAUCGCUCUGGUUACAGAAGCGAUCAUCGAUCCGGAUAUAAAAGUGAUAAAUCUGGCUACAAAACGGAUUAUAGCGUUAGAAGUAUGCGGAGACGUAUGAGAAAGUUAAAAAAGACGCGGUCAGUUCGAGACAGAUCAUACUAUAAAAAUCAGAAACAUUUUGUUUCAGAUCAAGAAAUUUUGCUAUUAACAAACAAAACUUUUAGCAGUCUUACAUUAGGUCACAGCUCAAGUGACUCUGAGUGUGAAAGCUACUUACGCAAACCAAACGCAAGUCCAAAGUAUGUAAGCGUUUGUACAAAAUACCCUUUACCUUCGAAAUAUGAUUUCGGAUUUUCAAAAAUUAAUCAAAAGCAUGUCUUAAGGCUAAACUCCUCUGAUCCAUUCGCACCAGGUCCGGUUUUUAGUGGUUUGCAAAGGCCUGUUACUACAUAUAAUAUAUUUAAAGUGAGUCAUAAUAAUAACAACAACACUUUACUAAAAUCUCCUACUAAAUCUGCCUAUAUAGGUAGCUCUUUGCCAAGUCUUAAACCAGGUUUUACUCAUAAGUUUGGUACACCCCCUAUAAGCACUUUAGGUAAAGCUGGUACAAAAAAAGACUCCGAUAUAGUGAAACAUAUUUCGCAAACAUUAUCACCAAAAGGUCGUAAAUACAUAAAAACUGGAAGUUCGUUGUUUCCUUCGCCUACAAAGAAAGAAAAUGCGCUUAAACCUCUUCCUAGUGUUUUCGAAAAAGCAAGAAAUACUUAUGUGCCCAAUAAAUCACUAUCGAGAAAUGUAUUUUUCAAUUUCAGAAAGCCUAACAUAAAGCCCUCUUUUCAUAUUAAAAAACACAGAAGAACAGUUGUACUUGCACCACCAAAAAUAAAUUUGAAACCAACUGAAAGACCUUCAAGGAUAUCAAUUAAAACUGAGAAUAGACACCAUAGACACAGAAGUAAAAGGCGGCAUCGAUCGCGAUCAGUAUCGAGAUGCCGCGACUCUUAUGCGAUUAAAAAUAAUGUUGAUUCAGUUGAUCAAAAAUUUUGUCAGGAUAUGGAUACGCUUAUAUCCAAUUUUAUUAAAUUAUGUCAGGUUGCUCCCAAAUUAAUCACAAAUAUAACACAAAAUCAACCAAAAUGUACAGAGAAGCCUAUGUCAGAACCUCCUCCACCUAAGGUGAUCAAAAGAGCAUCCAAAAAGCGUAAGACAUCCGACAAUCAAGAAAUUGCAACUCCUACUUCAAAACGAAGACAUAAGAAACAAUUAACGGAGUCACAAAAUAAAGGCGGAAAAGACACAAAUGAGCAUAAAUUACCACUGAAAAAGAGACAUUAUCAUAUUAAUUCAUCAACUAGUAAUUCUCUUAGUCUCAGUUUAGUAUCCACUGAAUUUGACGAAAACUCAAAAAAUGGAGUUAGUACUGAGCAAUUUCUCUGCAUGAAAACUGACUGCAUGGGUGAAAUCCAAAAUAAUAUUUCUGACGAUUCUCCAAAAGCAAAACCAAUAAGUGAAAAGGGUAAAAAAGUUAGUGAUAAUUCAAAAGCUGUUCAAACAAGUAAUGUGCAAGAAAUUAAAGGCCAGAAUGCCGAUAACGCUUCUAGAACUACAAAGGUAAAUGUUAGUACAACAACAGAAAACCUUGAAAACCUUCCGACAGACGAAAAUAAAACAACUGCCCAAAAAAACCUAGCUUCAAUAAAUGAUGUUGAAAGUGAAUCGCCUACAAAAAAGUUAGAAACGUAUAAUAAAGGUGCAAACAAAACAGUCAACGAUUUGGAGAAGUCGUCGCCGAAGACUAAAGACUCAGAAUUAAAAACAGAACUAUCAAAACAGGAGACUACUCACAAGAGUUCUCCAAGAUCAGAAGUUAAAUCAUCUCCUGUGAGAAAUUGUGCACCAAUCGUAACUCCAAAAAAACGUCAUAGAUUAGAAGCUGACAAAGCAGCUACUCACUCUAGCUUGGAUCAAGUAGUUCAAUCAUUAUCAAAAAAGUUAUCUGAAGACAAGUCCUCGAAUAUAAAUAAUAAUAAAGACGUAAAUCAAAAUAACGCAAAGGAAGAUACCAAAGACGCUGAAUGCUCCGUUUCUGCAUCUCCAUCAAAUCUUCUUUCAACAAGCACAAAUACUUCCGUGGAUCCAUUAAAAAGUAUGUCAGCGCGUUCAUUAUAUAAAAGUGCCAUUCCACCAGCUCAGAAGUCAGAAAUUAUGACAAGAAAGAAAAACAGGUUAGAGGGCUUAACAAGUAAUUUAGUUUCAAAAAUUAAUCCAAGCGCAGCUACAAAAGUUCUAGAUACUUUAUUAAAUAAUAAUAUUAGGAAGUCAAUUGAAUCUCGUAUUCUUGAAAAAGAGAAAGUCGUCACGGAAAGCACGACUAAGAUUAACGAAGAUAAAACUAAGAACAAAGAAUCUCCCCAAGUAAAUACUAGAGCUACUGUUAUCAAAUCGCCAGUAUCUAAAGGAAAAGUUAUAGAUCUAAAAAAGUCAAAAACAUCUGAAGUAAACACCGAAACAACAGUUGUUGUUAAUGUCGACAAACCGACUGGUAUUUUUGAACCGUCAAUAGACUUAGAAGAUCAAAUACCCAAGUCGUCAAUCUGUGUUAGUAAUGCCAUAAUUGAUAAAAGCAAGUGCAAAACGAAGGUUACCGACAAAAACACAGAUUCAUUGUUAUGUCCUCUUGACAACGAAGCGGAUAUUCCACUAUCAUUAAUAUCUGAAACAGCAGACCCAAUUAUUAGACCCAAAAGAGGUGAAUCGAUUGCCGCCGUGUUAUCUGAUAAAAUUCAGGAAACAGCUAGUGGUCAUAAUUUACGACAGCCCAAAAGAAAUCUGAGUAUUGAAAAUGAAGACACGAGUGAUAAGAAAAAAAAGAAAACACCCAACAACAUUAUAAAAGAGAGUAAAUUGGUGUUGCCAGCAAAAGUGUUGCUUCCGAAAAUUCAAGCGGAAAAAUUACCAGCCGUUGAAUUGACUAAGAAACCGAAUGUACUCGCGACGAAGAAAGUAGAACCUGUAGAUGUCGCUGCUGGUAAAAAUGCGGAAGUUUCUAAAAGGAAAGCCAGACGGAGGAAGGCUAUAAACCGUACAGGUUUUCCCAAUAUCAAAAAGAAAAAAAAGAAAGUUGAUUGUAAUAAUGCUUCCAAUGUUAACUCUGAUAGUCAUUUCACUUCUGACACGGAUAACUCUGCAUUUGAGAGGGUGCCGAAAGUUGGAGAGGCUAUGAGCAGUUUCUUAGAGCGAACUACAAAUAAAAAAGUUGAACUGAAAGUGGUGCUAAAUAAAGAUGAAUGUCCAAAGCAAGGUCGUUUAACAGUUAUUGCUCUUGAAAAAUUACAAGGAAAAGAGAUUGUAACGGAAAAUAAAAUCAAACCAGUUAAUAAUUUUGAAAAAAAUGUGGGCGAGAAAAGGGUUAUUUCUAAUUCCAUUCUCAGAGCACCAGCACUGCAAUUGAAACAGACUAAGAAUGACAAGGAAAUGAAGAAUCAUGUCAAUAAAUGGGAAGUUUUAAGUGAGACGGACAGCAUACCAUCUUUAGCCAGUUCCCUGAGCAAUGACCCUGAAGAUAGCAUACCCUUAAGUUUGCUUAAUUUAAAAGCUGACAAACCAAUUAGUCGGUUAGACAGUUUGGAAAGAUUGAAACGAAAAACUCGGGCUAUGUCACCGUCGCAUGAAAUAGAGGAAAUAUUUUCGAAGAGGAAAGUCGUAGAAAAAAUUGUCAAACCGGGCCUUCGACCGAAAUCCAGUCUAGCAGUCCUAUAUCCUAUCGAGAGAAGAUUAACGAGAAGUUCAGACAACGCCGCUGAAGAUAUUAAAAAUAAAUCUAAGAAAGAAACAAAGAAAUCGCCACUAGAUGUCGGUAUGGAGAAGUCGAAACCAGUUAAUGUGGCAGUUAGGCGAAAGUCAAGAUUAUGUCAGGCUACCAAAAAACUGCAUGAAGUGCAUUCAAGUUCACGAGAAAGUUCAUUAGAUACAGUUGUUAGCCGCAAAGUAACUUCAAAAUCUCGUGAGCCAUCAAUCGAUACACUUCAGGAUCAUGACGAAAAUGACCCUCUGCCGCUUAACGAAAAGGAAAUUGACUUUGAAAAAAGCAUAGAUGUACUUUCUAAAAACAUUAUCUGUAAGAAACGGGUUGCUUCGUCGAGAGACGACAGCCCCGCUAGUAGCGUUGAUAACAAAGAUAAACCGAUUGUCUCUAAAAGAAAUCCGCGACUAAGGAAGAAAUUUUUGCCAGCUGGAUUAUUCUCCGAUUAUUACAAAGAAGAUCCAAAACCGGAGAGUAAGGGAAAGAAUCUAGUGGCGCAGACGGAGUUCUCGCCGGGCUUGUUAGCUCCGCCACCAUACUGCGAGCGUUGGGUACGACGGCGUCUGCAACAUUUUGCACUACCUUACGAUAUCUGGUGGCAGCAACAUUACAAUCAACCCGUGCCUUCGUGGAACUACAAGAAAAUUCGCACAAACGUGUACUACGACGUGAAGCCGUCGGCGGAGGAGUGCGAGAGCGUGGCGUGCAACUGCGCGGCGCCGUCCGGCUGCAACGAGGACUGCAUCAACCGCCUCGUGUACUCCGAGUGCUCGCCGCAGCUAUGUCCUUGCGGUGACAAAUGCAAGAAUCAACGCAUUCAGCGUCACGAAUGGGCAUCGGGACUAGAGAAGUUUAUGACCGAGAACAAAGGCUGGGGAGUGCGCACGAAAGAUCGCAUCACUUCCGGAGAUUUCAUUUUAGAAUAUGUGGGCGAGGUCGUCUCUGAUAAGGAAUUUAAAGAGCGCAUGGCGACGCGGUACGCGCGCGACACGCACCACUACUGCCUGCACCUGGACGGCGGGCUCGUCAUCGACGGGCACCGCAUGGGCGGAGACGGCCGCUUCGUCAACCACUCCUGCCGCCCCAACUGCGAGAUGCAGAAGUGGACCGCCAACGGCACAUUCCGAAUGGCACUGUUUGCUUUAAGAGACAUUGAGCCGGGAGAGGAACUCACAUAUGAUUACAACUUCUCUCUCUUCAAUCCUGCUGUUGGUCAGCCUUGCAAAUGUGAUUCAGAGGACUGCCGCGGUGUGAUCGGAGGAAAAUCGCAGAGGAUUACGAAACAACCAGUUAAGACCCAAUCACGAACCCCUUCGAACGCAUCAAACCAGUCGAAUAGCUCCAAUGGUAACCAGCCUCGUGUUGGGCGUCCAAGGAAAGCAGUGAAAUGUAACAAAAAGUCGGAGCAGCAGAGUGCCAUUGCAUGCGACAUCAAAAAUAUGACCAUAUUGAAAUAUCAGCAACAUUUGAAUAAAUUAUGGCAAGAGCCACAAAUGAAACCCCUUACACCCAAGGAAAAGAAUCUUGUAAAGGAGAGGCAUUGCUUCUUGUUCAGGAAUCUUGAAAUUGUGCGACGUAUCCGCGAGCGGCUGUCUCUGUCGCUGCCGCCGUCCCCGCCGGACGCCCGCGCCGCCGCGCCGCUGCCCGCGGCCGCGCUCCUCGCCGCGCGCCCCGUUGCGCCCCCCGCGCCUCCGAUGCCCCCCGCGCCCGCCUCCAUCAACGUGAAUCCCCUCGAGUUGCCGGACACGAUGAACCCCACCAUAUUCCUCAACCGCCUGCAAAUGCUCCGCGCCUCCAAGGAGGACAGCUCCAGAGCGCUGGUACGCUUCCAGGACGAUCCCGCGCUGGAGCCCAAGCAGCGGUUGUCCAGGCUCUUCAAGGCACUGUUCGAUUCCGUUGUGGCUGUCAAAGAUGAAGAAGACAAACAAGUUUGCACGCCGCUACUGAAAAUCAAAGCAGAACGGGGAAAGCAACUUGAGACACCAACUCUAGAUCUGAACACAAUCGGUAGCAAUAUCGACAGUGGCCACUACGAUACCGUCGUCCAAUUCGAUGGCGAUAUGAACACCCUCUUCUCUACAGUCAUAAGGGAACAUGGGCGUUUAUCUAUCAUGGGGACUGCCGCUAUCUUACUAAAAAAAGCUUACAAUACGGCAAAGUCUGAUUAUGCCGAACAUUUGACGAAGAUUUUGGGUCCUCAUGAGUCAUUACCAACAGGAUUCGUACAAAAGGCCAAAACUGAAGAAGUGAUCCUGUGCAUCUGUGGGCUUCACGUGGAAGAAGGCCUGAUGGUACAGUGCGGUGGCAGUCGCUGCGGCGUGUGGCAGCACGCACGCUGCAUGCGCGUCGCCGAUACCACCGCGCCGCACUACUGCCACAACUGCUCGCAGCGCACUGUGGACCGAGAGAUUCCCUUAGACGACUACACCGAAGAAGGCCACCAGUUUUACCUGUCACUAAUGCGUGGUGACCUGCAAGUGAGGCAAGGCGACACCGUUUACGUUCUGCGAGAUAUACCGAUUGACGACAAACAUCCUGACGUCAGUCAAAAGAAUGGCGAUAAACCGGAAUCACUAAAGACAAAGAGAGUUGAUCGGAAAAAAUUGAAAGGAAUUACUAAAGGGAAGGACAAGGCUGAUGAUGGCAGUAACAAGGAGGGCUCAGUCCGCAAGCACACGUACCAGACGAUCGGCGAGAUUCCUGUUUCGGAGCUGGAUAUCUUCCGUGUGGAACGUAUGUGGAAGCACAAGGACACGCAAGAGCGAUAUGUGUAUGGACAUCACUACUUAAGGCCGCACGAGACCUUCCACGAGCCUACCAGAAAGUUCUUCCCCAAUGAAGUGAUGCGGGUUCCAUUGUAUGAAGCAGUUCCUAUAGAGCUGGUCAUGUCACAGUGUUGGGUUAUGGACCUUAACACUUAUUGCAAGGGCCGGCCAGUGGGCGCUUCCGAACAACAUGUGUACAUCUGCGAACUUCGCGUGGACCGCACUGCGCGCCUUUUUACCAAGGUGUCGCGUCCCAAGUACCCGGUGUGCACCAAGCCAUACGCCUUCGAUCACUUCCCACAACGGCUCAAGAUAACGCGCACCUACGCACCACAUGAAGUUUCACCGGAAUACUUAAAGGGUAGAGCUGCUAAGAGCGCGGCGCCUAGUGACAAGGCAAAUAAAAGUUCACAAGAAGUAAAGAAGAAGUCCGCGAGCGUACCUGUCACAGUAAAGGCGUCGUCAUGUUCGUCGACGGAGUUGCAGUCAUCAGAGCGUCGCGAGCGUCAAAAGGAACGUGUGAACAAUAUCGCGCGGCGGCUGCUCGGUGCGGGUGGCGGCGCGGGGAGGGGGGCACUCGACGCGUCCUACCUGUUGGCACGCACUUCGCCCCCUGCGCCCCCAACUCGCCCUGCGCCCCCGGCUCGCCCCUCAGCUCCCGCGCCCCCAGCACGCCCCUCGCGUCGCCCUCGCCGCCCUCCGCCUCGCACUUCCUGA